AUGUCAUCAGCAAACCGACCCACGUUCAACCCUGCAAAAGCAACCGAAACGCAAGGAGGAUUUAAACGAUAUGUUCCUUCUCACACACAAUCGAUGUAUUUACUACCUGCACAUACUGUUCUGAAAACUAGGCAAAUUGGACAAAACAGUAUUGAAGAAGUCAAGCAAAAAGAUUUGAAAAAGGAAUUAGAGGAUAGGGAGAAGGAAUUGAAGAAAAAGAAUACACUACAAUCACUAAAACAAGAUCAAGAAGAACCUGAAGAUAAACUUCUAUCAAUACAGGAUGAAAAGAAAGAAAAGGAGGAUUCAAACUCCGAUGAGGAAAAAGAUUCAAAUCCGAAAAAACGAAAAUCAAAAUAUGAUGACGAAGACGAAGACUUGGAUUCGUCGUCAUCUGAUGACAGUGACGAUUCUGACAACUCUGAUGAUGAAGAGCUGAUGAAAGAGUUAGCAAGAAUUAAAAAAGAAAGUGCAGAGAAAGAAAAGAAAGAACUUCAACAAAGAGCUUUAACUAGCAAUCCAUUGUUACAACCAAUUAAUGUUCAACAACAGGAUGAGGAAUCCUUUACUGUGAAAAGAAAGUGGACCGAUAGUACAGUGUUUAAAAAUCAAGCAAGAGAAGAAAAACAACAGAAGAAAAAGAGGUUUAUCAAUGACACUACUAGAAAUGACUAUCAUAAGGAGUUUAUGAAUGAAUUUAUGAAAUAA